GCGAAAGAUGUCAGUCUCGAGACAUGAGCUGUCGCGUUGAGAAAAACUUCCAAUCGCUGCUGCAUGAGAAUUCCAAGUAACCGGUUCUCCCCAGUUUGCCCUAGCAUGUUGUUUAACCGCAUUCUGCCAGGUGGCAAAGCACUCUAUCCGGCCGUGUAUCCCAAUUACAAACUGCAGUCAAUGUACUACUCCGAAAGGCAGAGCUGCCGUCUCUUGCCUCUUACAAUGCUGCGGACUGCUCGGCUGAGGUAUCGCAGCAAGAACAUGAAGAGCCCGUAGGCGAUAAUGUCUCCGAGGGGCCCAUGCCAACACACCCAGUUGCAGGACUUGAACUGCAAAGUGAGAACAUGCUAUAUGGUUCUCCCAUCAGCUCACUGCUUCAAGUGACCGGAUUGCCGUCGUGGGAAGGCCGGGGUGGCUUGCAAACGCCUCCGAGCAACCUCGUCACUGAUUUCAUUGCUCGAGGGCUGAUCUCGGAUGCCGAGGCCCAGCAACUCUUCCACAUAUUCGUCACGCGACUCGACCAUUUCUGCUAUGACAUUAUGUGUCCUCACCAGACGCUCAAGAGCCUCAGGAAAAGCUCGGCUUUGCUGACAGCUGCAAUAUGUACUGUUUCCGCGCUUCACGACCCGGACUCCUCGGCCGUAUUUAGGAUCUGCCAUGCGGAGUUCUUAAGACUCGUAACUUCCAGGAUGUUCUCCCAUGAUUACUCCACCGACGAUAUCCGAGCGCUCAUCGUUGGUUCGUACUGGUUGGGAGACAUUACCUAUACCUUGGUUGGACACGCCAUCCGCAUUGCAACAAGUCUGAAUUACCACUUGGCGUACUAUGCUGCCAUCCAAGGGGACCGCCCGGCGUUUGAAACGGCCAGACUGUGGUACGUUCUGUACAUCAUGGACCACCAUCUGAGUAUCCUGUACGGGCGGCCGGCAAUCAUUGCUCCCAAUCAGGAACCCUAUCAGCAAUGGGAGCGAUUCAUUCAAAGCGAGCAUGGGGAUGAGCCUGACGUCAGGAUGUCGAGUCAAGUGGCUUUGUAUCAUGUCACGUCCAAGGCCAAAAGCACCUUUGGUGCCUACCACGGCAGAAUUCCGGAGCAUUCGCUUUACCAACUGCAGGGCCAUUUUUCGGACCUCGACCGAUGGUAUAUGACCUGGGGGAACCGGAUGCAAAGAAAUGCCUACGUCGGGAACUUCCCUACGGACGGUGCCAUUCUCCAUUAUCAUUUUGCCCGCUUACAUCUAUGCUCGUACAUCUUUCGUGGCAUGACAACCGAGGCCGCAGCUCAUGUAUCAGAUCAAGUAAAAGAAUAUGCCGUCCUGGCGCUCUCGUCAGCAACUGCUGUCCUGGAGCUCGUGCUUGAACGAACUGAUUUACGUAACGCGUUGGUCGGUAUGCCUAUCUAUUUCCAUGCCAUGAUCGUCUUUGCAGCCGUGUUUCUGGUGAAGGCAGCAAGUACCAACUUCUUGGGACUUAGCACGGUGGACGACGCAAAGGUGUUCAACUUACUCGAGCAAUGUGUGCGUGAAAUGCGCUCCCAAAGCGCUGCAUCACAACACCUCAUUUACCAUCUUGGGAGUGGCUUAGAAAGUAUGAUCUCCAAGGCUUCUUUGGCCAAGACGAGACUGGAUCUUGGUGUGGGUGCGCCGCAGGAACAUAUGCCAAUGGCCCCAGCCAUGGACUCGCUCUUUAUGCUUGACGCGUCCGAUUUGUUCCAGUAUCCACUUGAAUCUGGUGGCCAGUUAUCAUCCGAGAACGAGUAUCAUUGGUUUACUCAUCUUGGAUCUUAACAUUCUUACAGCAAGGAGUGUGCUGCUCGCCUUGAAGAGAUUAACCGUGAUGGAUCUUGAGAAGGGUUCAGCG